UGAAAAACUCUCACUACGUUGUUAGAAGCGGAAGAGUGACUUGUAAAAAAUCUUCUCUAGUUCUCUAUUUUAGAAAUCAAGACAAAUCAAACAGCAACAAAAUUGUUAAAUGGAGUGCUUAAUUGGGAUUCAAGGAAAAGAUUUUGUUUUGCUAGCGACGGAUACAGUUUCCGCACGGAGCGUUGUAGCGAUGAAAGAUGACCAUGACAAGAUGUACAAAUUGAGUGAUAAUCUACUGAUGGCUGUUUGUGGUGAAGCAGGGGACAACAUUCAGUUUUCAGAAUAUAUUUCUAAGAAUGUUCAACUCUACAAGAUGAGGAAUGGUUAUGAACUGUCUGCACAUGCUGCAGCAAACUUCACACGUAGAAACAUGGCAGAAAGCUUGCGAUCAUCUAGAAGCCACCUGGUCAACCUCCUGAUUGCAGGUUAUGAUAAUGAACAGGGUCCUUCUCUUUAUUUUCUGGACUAUCUUGCAUCACUGAAUAAAAUGCCAUUUGCCAUUCAUGGUUAUGGCAGCCUCUUUGCCCUCAGUAUAAUGGAUAAAUACUACCAAAAAGAUCUUGACCUUAAUGGUGCCACAGAUCUAUUGAUGAAAUGUAUUAAUGAGAUUCAAAAAAGAUUUAUAGUAAAUCUUGGGAGGUUUCGUCUACGUAUUGUUGACAAAGAUGGCAUCCAUGAUAGAGGAAUGAUUUCACCAGAUCCUGUAAACAAACCAUGAUGACAGUUUUCAACAUUUUCUGAAGGUUGAAUGGUAUUGAACUGAAGUAUCAAAUGGGUGACUGUAAAAGAAUGCUUGUGUAUUUUUUUUUUAAACAAAUUUUUGUUUGUUUUAUUAAGUCAGCACAUUUUGAAGAAAAAAAAAUUGCUACUAAACUUAUGAUUUAUUAAAAGUUAUGAAUUAUUCA